AUGAAGUUUGGUCGAAAUCUACCGAGGAAUCAAGUUCCAGAGUGGGCGGGCUCGUAUAUCAACUACAAGGGCCUCAAGAAACUUAUCAAGGCUGGUGUCAGGGCAGCCCAGGACGGAGAGCAGGUCGACUUGGCUGAAUUCUUCUUCGACCUUGAUAGGAACUUGGAAGAUGUCGACUCGUUCUACAACAAAAAGUUUGCCGACGCCUACCGCAGGCUCAAAGUGCUGCAGGACAGAUAUGGCAGCUCGCCCGAUGUUGUUGCGAACCUCGACGAUGACGAGAUUGAGGAGCUGAUGGGCGCCUUGCUAGAGCUGCGUAGCCAGCUGCGGAAACUGCAAUGGUUCGGUGAGAUCAACCGCCGCGGGUUUGUCAAGAUCACCAAGAAGCUUGACAAGAAGAUUCCGAACACGGCAACGCAGACCACCACACAGCACCGCUACAUCUCUACCAAGGUCGAUCCCUGUCCGUUUGCCAAGGACACAGCUAUCGCAAGGCUGCUGGCUGAAAUCAACAAGUGGAUUUCGGUACUGGGCGACAGGCAUCAUGUAGAUGAUGCCGGGUCCGAGAGGUCGACUCUUUCCCUUGGGCGGGCAACGGCGAAAGCCAUGCUUAGUGUCCCCUCUGGAUUGUUGGACAAACUCGACCAGGCCACCCGGAAGGAUGAUGUGGAUGCCCUAACCGAUGGUCUCACAAUCGGGAACCUCUUGACCCCGGAACCGGCCGCGCAGAAAGUGCUGCUCAACGUGUUGCAACGAUCCAUUUCCGCUCGGUCAAAGGGCUCCAUUGCAUUUCUGCUGAAUGCCAUCACGUCUCUAGACGAACCUGAUGACAUCAACGAGCGGAACUGCAUCCACAGACUGGUGAUCCACAUCGGCCGAACAAAGACGGUCUCGGCUCAGAACGAGGAAGACUCGAAUUUGGCUACGUUUCCCUUCCCGGGUGCGGCGCAAUACGCUCAGAACUAUCUCACCCCGGCAGCGUCGCCUCUUUCCGCCCCGAGGGUCUGUGGUCUUAAGGAGUCGGAUCUCCUCACCAAGGAUGAUGAGGCGGUCCAGACGUUGAUUUAUUUGCUGGAGGGGCUCAAACCAAACCAGAGAGCGGCGCUGAGAGCAAAGGACAGCUUUGGUCGGCUCCCGCUACACUACGCUGCUCAGUUCGGGUUUGUCGUGGUCUGCCAGAUUCUGAUGAAGAAAAUGCAGGACUGGGGGCAGUUUAAUGUCGAAAACGGCAUCGAUGCUCCGGAGUGGCAGGACAAGGACGGCAACGCGCCCGUGCAUCUCAGCGUCCUCGGCGGCCAUCGUCUGACUACCAAAGCCUUGCUCCAAGGCGAAGAUUGGCAGGGCGUGAGCGACAACAAGGCCGAAUUGAGGCGGGCCGUUUCCAAAUCCAGCGCCGUCUUGGCCAUUGCGACCAAGGCCAAUUUCAAGCCAAUCGUCGAGAUGCUGGUUGACGCCGGCGUGGAUAUUAAUUGGCAGGACAAGCACGGCGAGACGGCGUUGCAUAUUGCCGCGCGGUUUGGUCACGAGGAGUGCGCCAAGGUUCUGCUGAAGGGGACGGAGGAGCAGAAAGCGAACUUGGAGCUGGUCGAGAAUUCGUUCGCCUGGACACCGCUGCACAUAGCAGCCGUAGACGGCCACCCGUCCGUUGCCCAACUGCUGGUGGAUGCCGGCGCCGAUGUGGACAAGGUGGACUCGUCGGGCUGGACAGCCAAGGAACAUGCUGCGUUGAGGGGACAUCUCGUUAUUGCACGCCUCCUGGCUGCGCAUAGUAGGGAGGAGGGCGAUACAGACACGGCCAGCUCCGACGACGAGAAAGUCACCGCAGAGCCCGUGGCUCGCGAGGUUGCCUCCCUUGGCGAUAGGAGGUCGAACGGCGCUUCGCGCCCGGCAGAGCCGGUCAAGUCGUUCGGGCACCGCUACCUCAGAGACGAGAGCUUGGUGCUUGUGAGUCUCGGUUCGAUGGACAUGCGGAAGAAUGUCGAGGCCGUGACUCUGGACAAAGUACCCCUCACACAAGCCCACAAUACCCAGUUGGAUACGGCUCUCUCCAUCGUCGUGUCAGCGCAGGGCGCUGUGGGCGAGCCGACCAUCAUCGAUAUGCCCGUCCAUGAGAACAUCUCGACCGAGCCGAUCGUCUUCACCACGGCUGAUGCCACCAAGGUCAAGCUGCUCUUUGACAUCGUCCCGACCUAUUCAGGUAACAACGACAACAAGGUCGGGCGUGGUGUCGCGCUGCUGUCUAGCGUGCGGUCGACUUUCGGCACCAAGCGGAUGAGUCUGCAGGGAGACCUUUGCGUUCCGAUCGUGGGCGCCAACCUCGAUGUCAUCGGCACCGUUAACUUCAAUUUCCUCGUCAUCACGCCCUUUUCGCACCCCAACAUGGAGGUGACGGAGCAGCAGACGUACUGGAAGAAGAUGACGUCGACCAUGGUGAUCGGCCACCGUGGUCUGGGCAAAAACCUCGUUUCCAACCGGUCCCUGCAACUAGGCGAGAACACCGUCCCGUCUUUCAUCGCGGCCGCCAACCUCGGCGCACAAUAUGUCGAGUUCGACGUGCAGCUCACCAAGGACCACGUGCCCGUCAUCUACCACGACUUUCUCGUGAGCGAGACAGGCUUCGACGCGCCCGUCCACACCCUCACGCUCGAACAAUUCCUGCAUAUUAACCCCGACUCCUCCCGCCACAAAGGUGGCAGCAGCAGCGGUGGCAGCGGCGACGGCGGCCACCCCCCCCUGCCCCAGCACAAACAAAUCAACAAGACACGGAGCAACAGCCCGGGUCCGCGGCAGCGGUCCAUGUCGAUGGACUGGCCGGCGGCAGGCCAUCAGCAGCUCAGCAAGCACCACGACAUGGAUGAGCGGAUGAAACACACCCGCGACUUCAAGGCUAAGGGCUUCAAGGCCAAUUCGCGUGGCAACUUCAUCCAGGCGCCCUUCGCGACGCUCGAGGACCUCUUCCACAAGCUCCCCACGUCGGUCGGGUUCAACAUCGAACUCAAGUACCCGAUGCUGCACGAGAGCGAGGAGCACGACAUGGACACGUACGCGGUCGAAGUCAACUCGUUCUGCGACACCGUCCUGGCCAAGGUCUACGACCACCUCGAUCUCGGCGCGGGCGCAGGCAAGACAGAAGAGGGCGCGGGCGGCGGCGGGGCCAGGCAUGUCAUCUUCAGCUCGUUCAACCCGGACAUCUGCCUGUGCCUGAGCUUCAAGCAGCCCAACAUCCCCAUCCUGUUCCUCACCGACGCCGGCACCAGCCCCGUGGGGGACAUCCGCGCCAGCAGCCUGCAGGAGGCGAUUCGUUUUGCGUCCCGCUGGAACCUGCUCGGCAUCGUGAGCAACUCGGAGCCCUUUGUUAACUCCCCGCGCCUGGUCAAGGUCGUGAAGCAGAAUGGGCUGGUGUGCGUCAGUUAUGGCGUGUUGAAUAACGAGCCCAAGCUCGUGCAGCGCCAAGUAAAGGAGGGUAUCGACGCCGUCAUUGUCGACAGCGUCCUGGCCAUCCGGAAGGGUCUGACGGGCGGCCGGGAAGCAACGGCACCAACAACAACAACAACAACAACAACAACAACAACAACAACAACAACAACAACAACAACAACAACAACAACAACAACGAGUGGCGACGCGCUUCGGGAGAAGGUAGUGGAAGUAGCGGUCAAGGACGGAAAUGGGGUUGCUAAUGGCGGCGGCGGAAGUACAGGGGCCUCGGAAUGA